AUGGCGGUAAAGACUGGAGCGACAACCUACGAAGCCAACCGGCUCGUCGCUGCCAAAAGCAAAUGGGCAACUCGCAUGUUUAAGAUCUCUCGGACCAUUAAUUACAAAAACCAACCCCCUCCACAACGUCUGCGAUGCCAGCAGACAUUCCGCACAAGGAUAGCUUUUGUCGGACAUCUUCCGAUCCUAUGCAUUGCCCACGCAGCACCUCAUCCUCCUGUCUCAGAAAUCGCCUCCGCCCCCUCCAUCACCAUUAGCACCAUCACCUCUACCACCACCAUCACCACAAGCACAACCCUUACGACGUCAAGGACUACCAUAAUUGGCGGGCAAACCUUCGAUAUUCCGUCGCACGCCGUCACAAGCCCGGCCACAAAGACCACCAUCCUCACUGCCCCUGAAAACCUUCCCGACGCGUCGCCGACCACCACAACCUGA